GACCAUCACGAUCCAGCCAAACCGAGAAAUCCCCUCCCGUCAAAAUCCUCGGAUAGCCGAGAUGCUCUCCCCCCGCAUUAGCGCCGCCUCUCCCGCGCCGCGCUCCCACGCUGGCGGUCAGCAGAACCAUGCUCCUGUCGCCACCAGCCCCAUGGCCGCGCGUCGAGCCCGUGCGCUUGAAUCGUCUCCCGCAGCGCAAAGACCGGCUACUCUCGCUUCCGCGUAGCCGGCGGCCAAGGUCGCCGCGGCGGCUCGUCUUGUGCAUGGCUGAGAUGGCCAUGGUCGGGCGUGGGUCAUCCCGGGAGCCUGGGGUUUCUGCUGGGGAGGGGGAGGCGAUGCUGGGAGGUGACAAGUUGCCCGGUCAGAGGGCGGAGGCGGCGGCAACCCGGUGGACGCCCGUCGAGGCGGCGCUGAAUGGGAUGAGUAAAUGGCUGGUUGCUGGUUCUUUUGCUUUUGUGGCUCUUUGGAAGCGUGAUUCUGAAAUUAUGUGGGCUUUGAUGGGUGCGCAAGCAAACUCUAUGCUUUCGUCGGUUCUUAAAAAACUGCUCAACCAUGAAAGGCCGGCACCAGCUUUGCGGUCUGAUCCUGGGAUGCCAUCAUCCCAUGCCCAAUCCAUUUUCUAUGCUGCAACACUUCUAGUUCUUUCAGUCUUCUAUUGGCUUGGGACAAAUUAUCUGGCAAUGAUUAUUGGGGCUACAACUAUAGCAUCGGCCUCCUAUCUAUCGUGGCUACGGAUAUCGCAGCGUCUCCACACACUGAACCAGGUUCUUGUGGGCGCUACUGUAGGAUCAGCCUUCAGCACUAUGUGGUUUGCACUCUGGCAUUUGUUUGUGCGGGAAGCUUUUGCUUCCUCGUUGUGGGUCAAAAUUCCGGUCGGCCUUGGUUCAGAAGUGUUUUGUGUUGCCUUCGUCGUCUACAUCAUUCGGCAGUGGUUCAAGGAUGAGCAAUGAUACAGAUAGCCGCGGCAGGUUAAUGGAUAAUUAAACCGAUUGGCUUCAAAAGCCCACUGAACAGAAGAAAUAGCAGUUUUGAUUUUCUGUUGUGCAUUAUUGAUUCUUCUAACAUAUCAAACAAUUUUAUAGUGAGCAAAGCGUUCUUGAGGACACAUAGGAAUUCCGUCUAGUUACAUUCAUCACGAUUCAUUGACUCGCGUCUACUUUUGUUAUGUGGAAGGACCGGUGCUAGGAUGUUGUCCUUACUUGAAUAAGCAACCCACUUAUGGUCA